AAAACACAGCAAAUCGAUUGCAGAAUGCCGUACGCCAGAAAGAAAAUGCACAGUGGAGACACACAUCUCCGACGCCGGUGGCGAUUGAGAAAUAGACGCAAGGAUUUGGACGAAAUCGAUACAGAUCUGAAGACCGAUCCGGAAAAGUUGCUGCAACAGGAGAUUGAUCUGGACAAGCCAGGCUUUGGCCAGUUUUACUGCAUCCACUGUGCUACCUACUACAUCAAUGAUCAGGCGCUUCAGGCACACUUUCGUACGAAGGUGCACAAACGCCGACUGAAGGCAUUGGAAAUUGAACCUUACACCAUUGAAGAUUCAUUGCGUGCAGCAGGGCAGGGCAGUUUUGUACAACCGCAAAAGCGAAAGAUGGAAACACAACCCUGUCUAGCGGACGUGGAAGCCGGAAAACGGAUUAAGAUCGACACGGUGAUGGAAGACGAGAAACCAGCCAAGCAAGAGUUAUCGAAAUCGAAAAAGUUUACCGAUUACAAGAAGGUGCUGGAAGAACUCUGAAUAAAUUGCGACGCGACAAGUCUCUAAAUGGGGAA